CUGUCUAUCUAUUUCUCCUUUCAUUUAUUAUUUUUCCUCUUUGUUCUUCAUUUCACUGUUGAAUACAGAGCAGUUAAGACGAUAAAAUUGUUUACCUUUUCAUCUUUGAUCAAACUCUUCAGGUACAUUUGGUGUUAAUACAGUGAAGUCAGUGUCAGUGACGGAGGGAGAUUCAGUCACUCUAGAAUCUGGUUUUACUGAAAUGAUGAAUGAUGAUCUGAUUUUGUGGAAGUUUGGAUCUGAAAACACUUCAGUAGCUGAAAUCAAUGUAAUGGCCGGCAGCAUCACUGUAUUUGAUGAUGUUCUUGAUGAGAGAUUCAGAGACAGACUGAAGCUGGAUCAUCAAACUGGAUCUCUGACCAUCACAAACACCAGAACUGAACACACUGGACUCUAUCAACUACAGAUUAUCAGAAAUGUUAGCAAAAGUUUUAAUCUGACUGUCUAUGCUCGUCUGUCUGUUCCUGACAUUACCAGAGACUGUUCAUCAUCAUCAUCAUCAUCAUCAUCUUCAUCACAGCAGAAUUGUUCAUUGUUGUGUUCAGUGUUGAAUGUGGGUCAUGUGACUCUCUCCUGGUACAAAGGAAACAGUUUAUUGUCCAGCAUCAGUGUGUCUGAUCUCAGCAUCAGUCUCUCUCUACCUCUGGAGGUGGAAUAUCAGGAGAAAAACAGCUACAGCUGUGUGCUCAACAAUCCCAUCACAAACCAGACCACACAUCUUAAUAUCACUCAACUCUGUCACACAUGUUCAGGUACAGCAGCUCUUAUGUGUAUAAUAGAUUUGAUUAAAAUGGGUUUAGUUGAUUUAAAUGACUGUAGCUGGUUACAAUGAUAAAAGGCAAGGCACAUUUGUUGAUAUAGCACAGUUCAUACACAGUAAACCAAAGUGUUUUACAUAAAUUAAAGUGAAAUAUUUAUUUAAAAAUGGAUUUAAAAUGAAUUAAAGCAUUUAAUAAUAAUAAUAAUAACCAAAAAUACAAACAAACAAAAAAAAACAGUGCAAUCAUUCGGACGUACUCAGUAAAUGCACAUCUAAACAGAUGUGUUUUGAGUCUAGAUUUAAAUGUGGCCACUGUUUCAGCACAUCUUCAAGACAUGUUCAGCAUUUUAUGUUUAUAAAUAACAUUUCUGAAAAUUGUUGAGCUAUGUUUUUCUUUUCUUUUUUUUCAAUUGGAUGAAUUGUAUGUACUGUACAUAUUUAUA